AGGUACCAAUGAAAACAAAGGGAAGUAACUCUAAAAGAUAACAAUGGGAAAAGUCAAUUUAUAUAUAUAUAACUGUGUUUUGUGUAUACAAGGAGAAGACGUGGUUAUGACUACAGACAUUUCCUAUAUAUAUAUUUGUAUAACAGUGCAGUGGUCAACCUCAAAAACAGACAACUCACGCUGAAAAUCUCACAUAGUUUGGCAGUUUGAUUUGUUCACCUUUUCAUCACUUAUAAAUUGCGACCUUAGCUCAACCCAUACUGGUUACAGAACUUCAAAGGAUCAGUAAGUUUACGCCUUGCCCCGACUCCAGCUGAAGACGCCUUCACAAGGCACACCUGGUAGAAAGAUGGUGGCGAUCAACUGGUUUCGUUGUGUAGGCCUAUGUUGUGUGUUAUUAGUGAUCUCGUGGAGUGGCUGUGUAGCAGACGAAGGUUGGUUUUGGCACGUGACUGACUUUCAUUACGACUUUUCCUACACUGACCUUGACCUUUCCUGUAACGAUGACGUCACAAAUCACGGCGAGUAUGGAAAUUAUUGGUGUGACGCCCCAUGGCGGCUGGUUGAAUCAAGCGUCGAAGCCAUGAAACGGUUUAAACCGGAUGUAGACUUCAUCUUGUGGACUGGGGACAGUGUGUUACAUACUGGGGAUGAACAUCUAAGCAUUGAUAUCAACGAUGGGAUUCUGAGUAAUAUCACCAACCUUCUUGUCGAAAAGUUUAAAUCCACGCCAGUCUAUGCGACCUUCGGUAACCAUGACUACUAUCCUGAUGCUCAAUUCCCGCCUUCCAAUAAUGAGUUGUACAACCGGACAUUAGAAAAUUGGCUUACGUGGAUUACUGAUGAAGGAGAAAAAGAAAACUUCCUGAAAGGGGGUUACUAUUCGGUGGUCACGGCUCAUGGCAUCCGGGUCUUAGCACUCAAUACGAACCUUUACUACACAUCUGAUAAAUUGACUGGGAACCUGAUUGACCCUGCUGGCCAAUUUGCCUGGCUUGAAACUCUGUUGGCAGAUGCUGUCACCAGAAAGGAAAAGGUACUUAUAACUGGUCACGUGCCCCCAGGAAUGGUCGAUACGAUGAGUAAAUCUUGGAUGUACGACCAUUUCAACACGAAAAUGAAUGAAAUCAUCAGGAAAUAUUCUGACGUCAUCAUCGGUCUUCAUUUUGGACACGAACAUAUGGAUAAUUUCCGAGUUUACACAAAAUCUGAUACCCCAGUUGUAACGAUGUUCCUUGCUCCGUCCGUCACUCCCUGGCGGUAUAAGAUUCCUUCAAAAACAGGGGCUGCCCACAACCCAGCCAUCCGUCUGGUACAGUAUGACCGACAGACAGGACGCCAUCUUAAUAUGAUCACGUACUACAUGGAUCUUCCCGCUAGUAACGCACAAGGCAUCCCGCAGUGGGCGGAGGAAUACAAUGCUACGAGGGACUACAAUAUUGAUGACCUGUCACCGAACUCCAUGAACAAACUUGCAUUGAGAAUGAGUUCAUCAAAUAGUCUGGAGUUUAACAACUAUUGGAAAUGGCGCGUGGUGAACGUUCAAGACGCCAUGAUGGAAGAAUGCGGCGAAGCAUGCAAAGCCAAUGUUGUUUGCCAAUUUCAUCACGUGGACCAAUCGACAUACGACGCAUGCGUGUUGAAAGCUGUAGGCAAAUCAUCAUGUUUAUUGCAAAGUUUGGUAACAGUUCUUAUAUCAGUAUUGACAUGUCUUGCAACAUACACUUAGAGAGUUCGUCAGACCAUCAGUGAUGUGUAUUUACAAAAUCCGGUAGAGUCAUUUUCCUCGUUAAGAUCAAGCUGUA